UCGGGGAGCGAUGCGGAUGGCUGGGCUCCGGCUCGUCAGCCGGCGGCUGCCCGCAUCCCGGCCCGGCCGGGUGUGAGAGCGUCCAGGGCCGCGGUGGUCCUCGCCGCCCCCCGCUCCUCCGGCCAAGAUGCAGAAGGGUCUGCGGCUCAACGACGGCCACGCCACCUACCUGGGCCUGCUGGCCAAGAAGGACGGGGCCAGACGGGGCUACCUGAGCAAGCGGGGCUCGGACCACACAAAAUGGCACCCCAAGUGGUUCGCGCUGCUGCAGAACAUGCUCUUCUACUUCGACAGCGACUCGAGCUCCAGGCCGGCCGGGGUCUACCUGCUGGAGGGAUGCUCUUGCGAGCGCGCCCCCUCCCCCAAGCCCAACCUCUCCGCCAAAGAGCCCCUCGAGAAGCAGCAUUACUUCACCGUUAACUUCAACCACGACAACCAGAAAGCCCUGGAGCUGAGGACAGAGGAUGCCAAAGACUGUGAUGACUGGGUGGCUGCUAUCGCUCGCGCCAGUUACAGGAACAUGGCCACGGAGCACGAGGCUUUAAUGCAGAAGUACCUCCAUCUACUCCAGAUCGUGGAGACAGAGAAGACGGUUGCCAAGCAACUGAGACAACAGAUCGAGGAUGGAGAGAUGGAGAUAGAGAGACUGAAAUCCGAGAUUGCCUCCUUGCUUAAAGACAAUGAGCGUAUUCACUCAAUUCAGGCUGUGCCUCCCAGUGAUGAAGACAGUGACAUAAAGAAGAUUAAGAAGGUUCAGAGCUUCCUCCGGGGCUGGCUGUGCCGGAGAAAAUGGAAGACGAUCAUCCAGGACUACAUCCGGUCCCCCCACGCCGACAGCAUGCGCAAGAGGAACCAGGUGGUGUUCAGCAUGCUGGAGGCCGAGGCUGAAUAUGUCCAGCAACUGCAUAUCCUGGUCAAUAACUUCCUCCGCCCUCUGAGAAUGGCAGCCAGCUCCAAAAAGCCUCCCAUCACCCACGAUGACGUCAGCAGCAUCUUCUUAAACAGUGAAACCAUCAUGUUUCUGCACCAGAUCUUUUACCAAGGCCUCAAAGCCCGGAUUUCCAGCUGGCCAACUCUGGUCCUGGCCGACCUUUUCGACAUUCUGCUGCCCAUGCUGAAUAUCUACCAGGAGUUUGUGAGAAACCAUCAGUACAGCCUCCAGAUCUUGGCCCACUGUAAGCAGAACCGGGACUUCGACAAGCUCCUGAAGCACUAUGAGGCGAAACCGGACUGUGAGGAGCGCACCCUGGAGACCUUCCUCACCUAUCCAAUGUUCCAGAUCCCCAGGUAUAUCUUGACGCUGCACGAGCUGCUAGCGCACACCCCCCACGAGCACGUGGAGAGGAACAGCUUGGACUACGCCAAGUCGAAGCUGGAGGAACUGUCCAGGAUAAUGCACGACGAGGUGAGCGAGACGGAAAACAUUCGGAAAAACCUGGCCAUUGAACGGAUGAUCAUCGAAGGCUGCGAGAUCCUCCUGGACACCAGCCAGACAUUUGUUCGACAAGGUUCCCUCAUCCAGGUGCCCAUGUCGGAGAAAGGGAAGAUCACCAGGGGCCGUCUGGGCUCUCUGUCCCUGAAGAAAGAGGGGGAACGUCAAUGCUUCCUCUUCUCCAAGCACUUAAUCAUCUGUACCCGAGGAUCUGGGGGCAAGUUGCAUUUAACGAAGAAUGGUGUGAUAUCCCUGAUCGACUGCACCUUAAUGGAAGAUCCGGAGAGCACAGACGAGGAAACUAAAGCGUCGGGACAAGACAUCGACCAUCUGGACUUUAAGAUUGUUGUGGAGCCCAAAGACUCCCCGUCUUUCACCGUUAUCCUCGUGGCCUCAUCCAGACAGGAGAAGGCGGCCUGGACCAGCGACAUUAGCCAGUGUGUUGACAACAUCCGCUGCAACGGACUCAUGAUGAAUGCUUUUGAGGAAAACUCCAAAGUCACGGUGCCCCAGAUGAUCAAGUCCGACGCCUCCCUUUACUGCGAUGACGUGGAUAUCCGCUUCAGCAAAACGAUGAACUCGUGCAAGGUCCUGCAGAUCCGCUACGCCAGCGUGGGCCGGCUGCUGGAGCGUCUCACCGACCUGCGUUUCCUGAGCAUCGACUUCCUCAACACCUUCCUGCACUCCUACCGGGUCUUCACCACCGCCGUCGUCGUCCUCGACAAGCUCAUCACCAUCUACAAGAAGCCCAUCAGCGCCAUCCCGGCCCGGUCCCUGGAGCUCUUGUUUGCAAGCGGUCAAAACAACAAACUCCUGUACGGAGAGCCUCCUAAGUCGCCGAGAGCUAACCGGAAAUUCUCUUCCCCUCCGCCUCUGUCCAUUACCAAGUCAUCUUCACCAAGCAGAAGAAGAAAGCUUUCCUUAAACAUCCCCAUCAUCACCGGAGGGAAGGCCCUGGAUCUGGCGGCUUUGAGCUGCUCCUCUAACGGCUAUGCGAGCAUACACUCUUCCAUGUCGCCCUUUAGUAAGACGGCUUGGGAUAUCAGCAAACUCUACGUGUCCAGUAGCUAUCCCAACAAGAUGGCGGACGACGGGGAGGGCACCGCCGAGAAAACCGAAGAGUCGACACUCAACAAACAGAGCUCAGAAGUCUCCGUGAGAGAAGAAUCGGACACGGAUCCAAACCAGAGUGACGAAGCUGAUACCGAGACUUCUCCGACCAAAUCUCCCACCACCCCCAAAUCUGUCAAAAGCAGAAAUUCUUCAGAAUUCUCCCUGUUCUCUUACAACAACGGGGUGGUGAUGACAUCUUGUCGAGACCUGGACAGCACCCGCAGUGCCCUGUCAGCCGCCUCGGCCUUCGCCAUCGCAACUGCGGGGGCCAAUGAGAGCGCCCCGAACAAGGAGAAAUACCGGAGGUUGUCCCUGGCCAGUGCAGGGUUCCCUCCCGACCAGAGGAACGGAGAUAAGGAGUUUGUCAUCAGGCGGGCAGCCACCAACCGGGUCCUGAACGUUCUGCGUCACUGGGUCUCCAAGCACUCGCAGGAUUUUGAAACCAAUGAUGAACUCAAGUUCAAAGUCAUCAGUUUCCUGGAAGAAGUGAUUCAUGACCCGGAGCUGUUGACCCAGGAGAGAAAAGCAGCCGCCAACAUCAUAAGGACUCUGACCCAGGAUGACCCCGGAGACAAUCAGAUCACGCUGGAGGAGGUCUUGCAGAUGGCCGAAGGGGUGAAAGCUGAGCCUUUCGAGAACCACUCCGCCUUGGAAAUAGCCGAGCAGCUGACGCUACUGGACCACCUCGUCUUUAAGAAGAUCCCGUACGAGGAGUUUUUCGGCCAAGGCUGGAUGAAGCUGGAGAAGAAUGAAAGGACUCCUUAUAUCAUGAAAACCACAAAGCACUUUAAUGAUAUCAGUAACUUGAUAGCUUCAGAAAUCCUCCGCAGCGAGGAUGUAAAUGCCCGGGUCUGUGCGGUUGAGAAGUGGGCGGCUGUGGCUGACAUCUGCCGGUGCCUGCACAACUACAACGCCGUCCUGGAGAUCACCUCCUCCAUGAAUCGCAGUGCCAUCUUCCGCCUGAAGAAGACGUGGCUGAAAGUCUCCAAGCAGACAAAAGCUUUGAUUGAUAAGCUCCAAAAACUUGUGUCGUCAGAAGGCAGAUUUAAGAACCUGAGAGAAGCUCUGAAAAAUUGUGACCCGCCUUGCGUCCCCUACCUUGGAAUGUACCUCACCGAUCUGGCAUUCAUCGAAGAAGGCACCCCCAAUUACACCGAGGAUGGCUUGGUCAACUUCUCCAAAAUGAGAAUGAUCUCCCACAUUAUCAGAGAGAUCCGUCAGUUUCAGCAGACUGCCUACAAAAUAGAGCACCAGGCCAAGGUGACCCAGUACUUGCUGGACCAAUCCUUCGUAAUGGACGAAGAAACGCUCUACGAAUCCUCUCUUCGAAUAGAGCCGAAACUCCCCACCUGAGGCCCAGCCGUUCACCUCGGGCCCCAGUGUAUACAUCUAUAUCAUAGUGUACAUACCCGCUCUGUUUCUCUGACACCCCUAGGUUCACCCCCGCCCCCCACACCGCGUGUUUCUCAAAGAAAAAGAAGACCAUUCUCGUCCUAGGUUUGCCGUCGGGCCAGACUACGGAUUGCUGUGUACUGUUUAAGGUUUCACCCAUCCGACACUGUUUCUUGGCUGCGCCUGUUUCUUUUUAAACGGUUGUGCUAUUCUGUUC